GUAUGCAUCCCACAUGUUGAGGAAGAAGCCUCCCGCUCUGCAGACCUUCCUAUCGCUGGUUUCCAGACGUGCCGGCCACCUCGUCCGACAGCAGUACGAUGUCAUUGUUGUGGGCGGGGGUCACGCCGGAACUGAGGCGGCGGCUGCAGCAGCCAGAGUGGGCGCUGAGACACUCUUGGUCUCCCAGAAAAUAGAAACCAUCGGCGCCCUGUCCUGUAACCCGUCUCUGGGAGGAGUCGGGAAGGGCCAGCUGGUGAAAGAGGUCGACGCUCUGGAUGGGCUGUGUGGGCGAGCCGGAGACUGGGCUGGCAUCCAUUUCUCCAUCUUGAAUCGCAGAAAAGGCCCCGCUGUGUGGGGCCCGAGGGCCCAGCUGGACCGGCAGCGCUACCGCGAAUUUAUUCAGUCUGAGCUGCUGUCCACUCCCAGGCUGACGGUGUUGGAGGGCUCCGUGGAGGAGCUGUUGGUAUCAGAACCAAACCCAGAGGAGCCUGGACACCACAGAGUCACUGGGAUACGUUUGGCAAAUGGAAGCCACCCAAUCUCCGCCAGCUCAGUGGUUCUGACUACCGGUACCUUCCUGUCUGGCUCCCUCUUCAUGGGCCAAAGCAAGUCCCCAGGGGGGCGGAUUGGAGACGCUCCAUCGAGUGCUGGGCUCUCCCACACACUGAGGGAGAGGCUGGGGCUCAGGACGGGCCGCCUGAGGACCGGUACCCCUCCCAGGAUCCUGAAGGACUCGGUCGACCUUUCCUUGGCUCAGAUUCAUCCCCCUGACAGCCAUCCGACUCCAUUCAGCUUCCUCAAUACACACACGCGCUGCAAGCCUGAGGAUCAGCUGCCUUGCUACCUGACCCAUACUACUCCUGGGGUAGAGAGAGUUGUGAAGGAGAGUCUGCAUCUCAACUGUCACAUCCAGGAAGACGCCAAGGGUCCCAGAUACUGCCCCUCCAUUGAGUCGCGAGUGCUUCGCUUCCCAGGCCGACGGCACCAGGUGUGGCUGGAGCCUGAGGGCGUGACCUCUGACCUCCUGUACCCUCAGGGUCUGUCGAUGACCAUGCCCCCUGACGUGCAGCUCCGCCUCAUCAGAGAAAUCCCUGCCCUGCACAGAGCUGAGAUCCACACGCCAGGUUAUGGCGUUCAGUAUGACUUUGUGUGUCCCACUCAGCUGAGCCCUGCCCUGCAGGUCAAAAGCACCCAGGGUCUAUUUCUGGCCGGUCAGAUUAAUGGAACGACAGGGUACGAGGAGGCUGCUGCGCAGGGCCUGUGGGCGGGGGUGAACGCCGCCCGCCGCGCUCUCUCCAGGCCUCCGGCAGCGUUGUCUCGGACAGAGAGCUAUAUCGGGGUUCUCAUUGAUGAUCUGGUGAGUCGCGGCGUGACGGAGCCCUACCGCAUGUUCACCAGCCGGGCCGAGUUUCGAACCUCGCUCCGGCCGGACAACGCUGACCUCCGUCUAACUCCGAAAGGGUUUGAGGAGGUGGGCUGCGUGUCCACCGAGCGCUACCAGGAGGCCGUGAGAGUCAGGGACAGUUUGCAGGAUGCGCUGGCGGCCCUUCAGGCUCUCACUCUGUCCACCCAAAACUGGAGGAAAAAACUGCCCGACGUACAUAUUAGUGAGGUCAAGAACACUUUGCUGACUGGUAUGGAAGUGCUGCAGUACAACGAGGCGUCCUUCGAAAUGUUGGCAUCCGCCUUCCCAGAGCGCCUCUCACGUCACAUGGAAUUCUCACAGAGACUCAAGAUAGAAGCUGUGUACAGGCCUCACUGCAACCUACAGAAGAAAGAAAUCGAGAGAAUUCAGAAGGAGGAGAACAUGUUUCUCCCGCCGGACAUCGACUAUUUAUCUCUGCCGGUGUCUCUGUCCAAUGAAGUCAGAGAGAUUUUGGACAGAGUUCGACCCGCCACCCUGGGUGCUGCAACUCGUUUGCAAGGAAUGACUCCGGCUGCCGUCGUCCAGCUCUUCAGCUACGUACGCCGCGCAGGACAAACAGAGAGGAGGACACACAGAAACAAACCAGACCCAAAGAAAGAGAGGACAGCGGAGCCGGCGGGAAGAAGUGCAUCUUUACCUCCAGUGAUAUGAUGACUCAUACAAUGUCUUGGAAAAAAAUCGAUGUAUUUCUAAAAAUGUAAAGAAGAAUAAAUUACGGUAUUCGUUUUA